UGAGUUGAGAAUUGCAGUUCUGCUAGCUGUCGUUACCUUGAUAUUUGGUCAAACACCUACUCCUCUAGAAAUAGUGUGUAAUCAUACUGAAACUUGUCAACACAACGAUACUAUCAAUAAAUCGAAAUACAAAGAUUUGAGAACUAGGAAGUGCAUGUGUGAUGAGAAAUGUUCUACGUAUGGAGACUGCUGCGAAGAUUCCGAAUAUUAUAACAUGACUGCUCAUCAGCUCAAACGGUCAUUUGCCUGUGAGAAAACGCUCUUGGAUGGUCCCAUUUACAUGAUAAAUAAAUGCGCACCAGGUUACGCUAACCCGACGAUGAUUAAAUACUGCGAAAAUCCCAGCCCCGUCGAUUUGGUGGAAAAUUUUUUGACAGGUAUUGCGGUGGCUAUUGUAUGCGUAGAGAAAAAUAUAACUUAUAAAAACGCUUACUGCGCGAUAUGUAAUUACGAGACCGAAUUCGAAUUUUGGAAUCCCAAGUUUUAUUUCAAGUUAAUAGAACCAGAUUUUGAUAUUGUAUUGAAAAAUACCUCUAAACCCUUUUUUCCAGAUAAAAACUCAUACUCAGUUGCCAUCCCCUCCCCUGAACUGGUAUUAUCUAAUAUGACAAUGAAUGAAAAUCACACACAGCUGGUUUCAGUAGUUAAUGGAUCAUUGUACUUGUGUUACAUAGUUCCUAAACUGCUUAUAAAUCAUAUACCAGCAAUUCGUUACUGUCGUCCUAAUUCAAAUCUUCGAUUAUGUUCUGAUUGUGAAAGGAAUAUCCCAACAAAUAGCUGCACUGCAAAAUCAAACGUGAAUAGUAAAAAUACUCUAACACUGUCAUGGGAGGAACCAAAACUGCCUAUAGUAUAUACAUGUGAUGAUGUACCGGAUGAUGUAUAUGAAAGACAAAAGUUCUGCGAGGCUAAUAUCGACCACUGUUUCUCAAGGAAUGCUGCCAAGGAAUUAUGCUUAGUAAAUUCUCAUUUCGAGCCCCACGAAUACAAAUUUAAUAAAGAUGGUUCGAUUUACAUUGAAAAAUAUCAAGCCACAUUUCCCUCGUGGGAUUACUUGAACACGACCGCUCCUGGAGUGAUUUACAUAUGCGGUCCUACGAUACCGAGGUCCGAUGAAGAUGAAUCUUUUACAAAACUAAGAGUAAUUUUAACUAAAAUAUUGACAAAAUUUUCGAUAUUUUUCCUCAUUAUUUAUCUAGCCAUCAACGCGAAUACAAAGAAACUUCAAAGUUUACUGAAUAAAAUGUUAUUUUCGUUUUGCUUCACACUCUUACUCCUUUACGUGGCAUAUGAAAUAUCGCUGCUAGUAGAGAAUUGCAGCAUAGCAUCCGCAGUAAUUCAUUACUUAACAUUAAGCUGUAUAACGUGGCUUUUAAUCACAUCUUACGAUUUUUGGCGGGUAAUUUGUUUUUCAUCGACAAAACUUCAAACAGUGGCCGGUAAAACUCAUCUAAAACGUUAUUUACUUUACUGCUUUUUUGGCUGGAUUUCUCCUUGCUUCAUAAUGGCUGUUGCCAUGUAUUUUGAACUCGCCUUAAAUCGUAUUAUUCCCUGUUAUUUAAAACCCGGUUAUGGUAGACUAAAACAAUGUUUCAUUUCUCAAGCUUACCCUAAAUUAUAUUUUUUUAUCUAUCCGGUAACCACCGCAUUUUGCAUUAUUAUAGCUUUAUUCGUCCACACGUCUUAUCAUAUUUAUUUAAGCAAACGUAAAAAUGUCAAAUCUACUGCUCAAAAUAAUUAUUACUUUCUCUUUGUAAAAUUAGCAUUAUCAAUGGGUGUCGCCUCGACAAUUUCUGUAUGGUCGAUUGCCUUAUUGGUAGCAUAUGUUAAUUCCAAUAUUAUAAACACAGUCUUCGUAAUUUUGAUUUCAUCCCUUGGUACUUUAAUGUUUUUUACUUAUGGUUUUAAACGUACUAUGCUCACCAAAAUGUACGAAAAGUAUAAGAAUAAUUUCAUCGUUCAACAAAUUAGAAGUGCUCUUUCAAGUAUUUCAAAAAGUUUUAAAAAUCCCACUCCGCGGUCCACUGCUUCUGUCGAUCCUACAACACACGAAAUGGAGCAUUUAUAGAAUAUAUGACGUAUGUCAACGAUUCCAUACUUGCAGUGCAAUGCAUCAGAAAUGAAAAAAGUUCUUUACAGCUUUAAAAUGCCAAUAGCAAGUUUUCUUACACAGCCGGGCGAAGUUGACUAAUUUUUAUAAAAUGGUUACCCUCACAUAUCUAAAGGCACGAAUAAAAAAAAAAACAAAAAUUUGAAUCUGUCUGAUGUUGAUAUUAAAAAGAUUUCCGGAGACGUUAUUCUCAGUUGUAUAUAGGUAUUUUAUAAAAUAAUCUUAAAGUGAAAGGCUACGUAUUAAGAAGUUUCAUUAAAAUGUAGGUAUCAGCCCGGUGGUUCGAAUUAAUAUCCAGUAAGCGGUAAUCUAGUAGGUUAGGUAGGUACAGAUAAAAUCUUUUGCAAGAAAAUGUAGGUGACUAGGCGGCCUUUUCUGAGAUGAGCAUUUUGCUCCCUUUUAUGAAUUUGUAGGAACUAGAUAUAUGUAGGAUUCAUGUGUCUAGGUAGGGAGUUUUAUCUUCAAGUGUGUAUUUUAAUUUACUCACCUAAAAUGUAAAAUUAUUAAGAAGUCAAUUUUAAAAUAAAUAUAACCAUUUUCAACUUUAGGUAGGUAGUGUUAACGGUUUAUGUAGGUACAGCUGGCAUUCUAGCAACGUCGCAAUUAAUUUAAGCGUAAGAAAUGGGUUUGUAAGAUUUGGAAUUACCUAAUCCAAUCAAUCCCAACAGGAAUGGAAUGUGUGAUGAGUUGCAUAACCUUUCUACAUACGUUGUACAUGACAUGAUGAUGAAGGUACCUAGAUAAGAAUCGGAGCGGCUAUAGCGAAUUAGUUUAUGUAUAGUAUUAUGUUGAUUUAAUUUAGAUUUUUAAAGACUAGAUAAAUGUAAUUCAAUACAAAGCAAAAGCGAAUAAAGUAUUCGAAGCUACAGAAUAAA